CAAAACCACUGGUUUCCCUCUCCAAACAGGGGGAAAAUCUUAAAUUCUACCCCUCUUUCCCCCACUAUAAAUAAUUAAACAAUUUCAUCUCAAAUCUUUGAGCUUUCAUCAGCCCCCACCAAACCUUCCCUUCAAAUAUAUUUUCCCUACUUAGUACUUAGCCAAAGUCAGCGCCUCCUUCUUCUCUUUUGUUCCCAAUCACACAAACAACUCAUCCAAAACACACACAAAAAAAAGUCUCCCAUUGUAAUCUUUAUAUCUCCAUUAAAUUGAAGUUUCUAAAAUAUUGAUGGGAGAAAUGGAUAUCAAUGAUUGUUGGUCUCUUAUAGCAGUGGUGAAAGAAUGCACCAGAAAAGCUAAACUUAGAGCUCAACUUACACCUGAAAAUACACUAACAACCACGACCACGACCACAACCACCACCGCGGCUACCACUAGACUUAGCUCCUUUGAGACGAACUACGCCUAUUCGCAAAAGCAGUUUUGUGACCAAUUUGUUCCAAGUAAAAGUUCUGCUGCUGCUGAUAGUAGCACGUCACAAGAUGAGCUUAAAGAUUUCUACACACCUUUUUUGUUUGAUCAAGAUCAACAUGGUCCUAUUUUUAGUCAUAAUAUCAAGAUUGAUCCUGUCGUUGAACAAGGUGGCAUGUCUAGUAAUCUGAUGAUCGAACAAAUCUCACAACAACAAAAUCUUCAACUGAGAAAUUUCCAAAUCAAUAAGAAGCAGAGUUCCCCUGCUAUUAGUGUUGAUCAUCCUAAAAAGAAGAAGUUUGAGGAUAGAAGAGUGGUGAGAUUUACUCUGGAGGAACUGUCAAGAAAUGAUAAAUGGGCAUGGCGUAAGUACGGUCAAAAACCCAUCAAAGGUUCCCCGUAUCCUAGAAACUACUAUAGGUGUAGUAGCCUGAAAGGAUGCAAAGCAAGGAAGCAAGUGGAGCGAAGCCCUAUAGACCCGAAUAUCUAUAUUGUUACCUACACAGGUAACCACUACCACCCGUGCCCGCCCCUUCGCAACUCCAAUGGCUCCCGGGUCAAGUAUUCUGGGUCUGACCCGGAUCCACCACCCGAAAGUAAGACAGGGUAUGGGUCCGGGUUGGGUGGUAAUGUGAUGAAGAUUGAGGAUGAAGAGCAUGGUGAUGAGGAACAUAGUGGUGGUGGUGGUGGUGGUGGUGGUGAUGAGAGCUUUGGAAGUGGAGAAAUGGAUGAAGGUAAUACUAAUGAUUAUGAGAUUCUAAUUCCGAAUUCGAUUGUAGAUUCGGAUCUUUUGACGGGUAUGGAGCAGUUAAAUGGGGGAGGGAAGAUUAGUAGUAGUAGUCACUACAAUGAGAAUGUUGGGUUUGAUGAGAUAAAACAACAUACUAAGGGAUGUGACCCGAAUGUGAAUAUGGAGGUCCAAGCGAAGGAAAGUGGGUUGGGGUAUGGUGUUAGAAUCAGAGAAAUAUAUGCUACUACUCCAGCAACGUUGGCGGGGCCACAUGAGUUGCCGAGUAGUAUAGGCCAGAAUAAUUGGGAUAAUGGGAUGAUUAGGCCUCAAGCUUUCUUAUUUUAGUCAUGCUCUAAUAUAAAUAGCAUCACCUCAAAAAAAAAAAAAAGAGUUCGUAAUUUGUAAUAUCCUAAAACUUGUAGAGUGAGAGAUCGGGAAAAGUAAAAGAAAAACUAAUAAUUGGGUGUUUUUUAAAAUGGAAGCAACUUUCUCAUCGAAUCCUAUUAUUGUUUCAGGGUUCAAUAAGAUAAUUAGUAUGAGAAAUAGCUUCUAAUUUACAAAACACCCAAUUUUUAUGAGAGUAAAAAUGUUCUCUUUUCUUUCUUUUAUUGAUAAUUUUUCUUGCUUUAGGAGAGGGAGGGGGUUACUGGCCUUUUUACCAACACAAUUUCUAAGUACUAUGUAAAUGUAAGAAAUGUUUAGCACUGAAAAAAAAGGCAUCAAAUAUGUUAAAGUUCAA